UUCCUUUGAACCUCCUCGAUUAUCGAGUAACAAUAUAUCAUAAAGUGCUCGUUCGCAAAAUGAAACACACGUUUAUGGUAAUUUCGACGUUUAAUCAAUAAAAUAACAAAUAUUAUAUCAACUGAUAGCAUUAAGGAAACAUUGCGAAACGUUUAAUGUAAUCAGAAUCACGUGAUUGUGUAAUUUUUAUAUAUGCAAAUUCGAGAAAUGUCAGUCACGUUACUCUUUAAAUAGAACGUAGAGAAACAUAACGAUUAUCUGGAAAUUUUAGUGGAAAAAAUUCUAAGUAUAUUAAUAACAAAUAUAUAACAUAAGAUUGACAACAAUCAAUUAACUUUAUUUUUUUUUUUUAUUUUAUCAUUAAAUUAACUUUGAUUAUUACGUUUUCAUUUAAUCGAACUGAUUUUCCACAUCAAACCCAAAGGGCGAAAACUUGACAUUUGACGGACUAACGUUUAGACAUUAAAUUCGUACAUGUUGUACAUACGCGACCUGUUCCUGUUUACUCGAAAACUAUUAUCAAUGCUCCUUUGAACGAAUACAAGCAUUAACUGAUACUUAUACUUACAUAUAUUUCUAUCAAAUAUUGGCUUAUUGAUCGAGCAAACAAAUUCACGGAAAGAAAAAUACGUAUAUUGGGUUAAUCGAAACGUUCCGUCUCUUUUCUCUUUAUCUUUUUCGAACAGAUAAAAUCAUUAAUUUGAAAUAUUUUCUAUAAAUUGAUCCGUAAUAUACGAGAGAGGUAAGAGAGUCGAACAGUUCGCGCUCUUGGUGCUACGAAACCAAUAUAUGUAGCGUUGUACUAUAUCGUUUUAUAAAUUCUGCCGUAUUUUCGUUUAAAAAAUCGUUGACUCGAUGUUACAAGCGAAGAGGAUUAAUUUUUCGUAUUUAGGCUGUUCAUCGUUCGAAGCCUCUGUACCCCGCAGACGUUCGUAAUUUUUACAGAAAUAGAAGAAAAAUAAGUGGCACGGAAUAAAAUCUGCAUCCUUCUCCGCCAAAAAAUUACUUCAUAUCUUAUGCCUUUUCGUUUUCCUUCUUCGGCAUUUACAUCAUUUGUCGCAUCUAAAUUGUACGAUCGACGAAGGCAAGAUACUCGCACAGGGGAAAAUCGGUCGAUAGCCGAGACGAGAAGAAUCGUCGAUUCAUUAUAUUACAAAGGAAUCCCCAAGCUACUUGGUUACGUCUACGCGCCCCAUAAAAAUGUGCACGGUGCUUUACAUCGAGUGAAACGGUUCCCACGACACCCUGUGCGCCGUACUCUAUGGGAACGUUUUAUUGGGGUGAAAUUUUACGUGUCUGCAGCUACUCGUGCACGCACUCAUACGAUCAAACGUGUCGCUCGUAGAAAGUCGAUCGUAACGGUGAAACGUUCAGUCCUAACAUGUAGAUGUUACUUGCAACAAAAGGUAGAUUCGUAUUAGACAUUUAAUGGAAGGUUGAUCGAAGAAGCCACCUUUCUGCUCCUUCAAUUUGCUAAAUUAAUUGAUAUAUAAAAUUGCAAUUUUUUUUCUAUUUGAUAACUAUACUUUGCUAUGUAUGUUAGUCCGUGGUACAACAAGUUUGCGAUAAGGAUAUGUAAAGUAUACCUGCGGAAAAGAGAUAUAAAAAUGAAUGUAAGUAACGCGAAUAGUAAGGUACGGAAGAUACAAAACGAUUUGUUAUUUAAAUCGUUACUUGAAUUACUAUGCUACAAAAACGCCUGCUCUACCGAUCAAUAUCGUUUAAACAAUAUUCCGUAACGUUAAGAAAAUAUCAAAUUUUCUAAAAUUAAUCCCUCUUUCGUUUUCUAACAAUAUCCAAUUUUUUUUCUCGAUAAAUCUUUAUCGAAACAAAUCUGUUUAAAUAAAUUUGCACAAUACGAAGUGAACAUCGCGUUAUCAGAAACACUAUGCAAGCAGAUUACGAAAGGCCUCCACUAACAGGGAUAUGAAUUUUAAUACGAGAAACAUUUAUAACUGCAACAUUAAACAAUUAUUUAAAUCGUAUGUUUCGACGCUAAAUAAAAUCGCGUAAUCAUUUGACCAAUCUCUGAUAAAAUAAAGUGAAAUUGUAGAAAAUUAUUUGCACAAAUUGCAGCUCUAAACGGUAAAAAAAUAUUUUGACAAAAAUUUCAAAUUGCUGGAUCGAAUGUUUCCAAUCAUACAUAAAUAGCCGCAAUACCUGUCUUUAUCAAAAGAUUAAAGGAGAAAAUGAAACGUGUAGGAUACGUUCGAUCAAUUUGAUUAUAUAUUGCGUAGUUGACAUAAAAGUUAAAUUAUUCAUCGAUAAUAUGUCAAUUACGUGUCGUAUCAUUUUAAUUAGCUAUAUUUGUACAUUGACACAAGUGUCGAAAGCUACGUGUGUUUUUUGGCGGAUAAAUUAUUUUUUCCAAUUCUACGGCUUAUAUAAAUGAGAAACGCAAUAUCUUGGCAUUGUCUCAAAUUCGCCGUCCACGAAGGGAUCAAAAAUGGCGAAAGUCGCGAUUGUACUCUGUUUCUUCAUGCUAGCUGCAUAUGGCAGUGCCUUUCCUGGCUUGUCAGUACUCUUCAAUCCAACGAAGAGAGUACAUGAACAUGAAAAAAAAGUUGAGAUAAAAAUAAAAGGCAUCGCUACAAACGCGAAAGAAGACUUAAAGCAUCAGAAAGAGGAAGCUCAUUUUUAUGUGAAGCAAAUGAAAGAAAUCGGCAAAGAAAUAAAGAGGAAUACAAAACAUAAAGUCAAUAACAUAUUGAAGGAAGUGGCAUAUGAACUGAAAAUUUUAAAACACAAAACACAUGGAAAACAUAACAACCACUGCACGGCUAUCGCAAAGGAUUUGGAGAAAAUACGUAACAAGAUCUUAAAUGCGGUUAAUAAAUGUGUUUCAAACCAUAUGGAUGAAGCGAUAAAUGUGGAAGAGAAAAUAAUUCAAGCUUCUAAAAAGUUCCUGACUAAGAUUGAAGAUGUUGUUGAUGAAGCUGCACACUGUGUCGUAUCCAACGUAAUUCUCACUGAUGCAAUUGCAUGUUUAGAUAACGCACUGUUGACAGCAAUGAAACUUUCAAGCACGGAACUUUUGGAGUUAACAAAAGAAGCUACCCAACAGACUAAACAUAUAUUAAAAUUGAAACAUAAAGUAACAGGCUGCACUGUAGCAAAACUAAAACUAUCCGAUUUUCAAAAACUUGAAACAAUCCUCAAAAAGAUUAAAAAAUGCAACAAAGAUGAGCCUGCAGCUUCGACAACAAAACAUCCGAAAUCAUCACAUAGUACACACGCACCACACUCAUCAGACAAAACAACUAUAACUACAAAAGCAUCACCUACUAGUACCACCCAAGAAUCGACUUCAAGCAGCACGCCAAAACCAGCUAGCAGAGCAACUGAAAAAUCAAUCUCAAGCACUACGGAAGAGCCAACUAGUAGCACUACUCGAAAAUCUACCUCAGGCAGCACAGAAGGACCAGCAAGUAGCACUACCCAAGAAUCCAGCUCAAGCCCCACAGAAGAACCAGGAAGUAGCACUACCCAACAAUCUACCUCAGGCCGCACAGAAGGUACAAGUAGUACCAGCACAAAGGAAUUAUCCUCCAGCAGCACAGAACAGCCUGCUAUUAGCACAACCCAAGAAUCCAGCUCCAGCACCACAGAAGAACCAGGAAGUAGCACUACCCAACAAUCUACCUCAGGCAGCACAGAAGGUACAAGCAGUACCAGCACAAAGGAAUCAUCCUCCAGCAGCACAGAACAGCCUGCUAUUAGCACUACCCAAGAAUCCAGCUCCAGCACCACAGAAGAACCAGGAAGUAGCACUACCCAACAAUCUACUUCAGGCAGCACAGAAGGUACACGCAGUACCAGCACAAAGGAAUCAUCCUCCAGCAGCACAGAACAUCCUGCUAUUAGCACUACCCAAGAAUCCAGCUCAAGCCCCACAGGAGGUCCAACGAGUAGCACUAGCCAAGAAUCCACCGUAAGCAGCACGGAAGGAUCAUCUAGUAGCAGUACCCAAGAAUCAACCUCAGUCAGCACAGAAGGACCAGCAAGUAGCACUACCCAAGAAUCCAGCUCAAGCCCCACAGAAGAACCAGGAAGUAGCACUACUCAACAAUCUACCUCAGGUAGCACAGAAGGUACAAGCAGUACGAGCACAAAGGAAUCAUCCUCCAGCAGCACAGAACAACCUGCUAUUAGCACUACCCAAGAAUCCAGCUCUAGCACCACAGAAGAACCAGGAAGUAGCACUACCCAACAAUCUACCUCAGGUAGCACAGAAGGUACAAGCAGUACGAGCACAAAGGAA